AAAGAAGAGAUUUUACAAAUCAAAAGUUUAGAAGAACAUUGGUUUCAUCAAAAGAAAGAUCGCUUUCUCCUAAAAUUGAUCCAGGAUCUCCUAAUAACCCUUCGAAACUAGUCUCAAACUACAGACCUAAAGGAAACUGGUGAAAGAUUACUGACAAUCUUCCAGUCCUUGCACCUUCAACCACCCAAGACAAAAAUGGGAGCAUCCUCGAUCUCAGCAUUGUGAGUAAAUAAGUUGCUAAAAAGCAUCGAUAAGCUUAAGAAAAGGAACAAAAAAUAACUCAAAAAGAAUUGACACUGAAUCUUCAAUGGAGAUUGCAACAGAUCCUCAGGACAUUCUACUUGACGAUAACAUUGAACCUCUCGAAAAAUUGAUAAUGUAUGCAAGAGGUAACCAGACCAUGUCAAGCGCUAGAAAGAAAUUGAUUAGAAAAUUCAUCAAGUCUAAAAACAACUUCCUGGCACAACCAAGAAAAAGUAAGGUCUUUAUGAGAAAUUUCCAAGGGAACAAGACUUUUGUACACCCAAAAGAUUCCUCAAUGUAUGACUCCCUCUCUUCAUGACAUAACAAGGAGAGUAUCAAAAAAAGAAGGUCAAGAAAAUACCUCUCAAGCUAUCCCUCAAUUCAGCAUUAUGAUCUCUUAGUUGGAAAUGAUGAGGAACAACAGAGGAAGCUAGACCAGAUCUCAAACAAGCUUUAUCAGAACCAAAGUAUUCACUCAAACAUUACUCCAAGCUCGCUUCCCUCAAGGUUCAAUGAACCUCCAAAAGACAAAAUUUUCAGAAAACCCAGGGCUAAGAACUUCUUUGAGAACAAAAUCUCCUUUCCAGAUUAUAGAUCUGAAAUAAAUUCAAAUAACUGAAUCACUCCAAACGCAUCUUCACAGAAACUUGACAAGUUCAAGCUAAUUGCAGGCUUGAAAUUUAAACCAAGAGAGACCACAAAAUACUACAGUAAGAGGAAAACCUCAAGGAAGGCAGAAUCAUUGAAGGCUAAAGGCAAACUGAAGAAUAAAAUUCAGAUCACUAAUGACCUUGAAACUAUUCAGAAAGCUUAUAAGAUAAAUGAGAAUAAACAUAGUAAGAACAUUUAGUGGAGAAUUGCUGUAUAGAUCUCAACAAUGUCUUGAAGUUAAAGAAAAUAGCAUUUCAGAAACAAAAUCGUGACCUAAACUUCCCAAAUUCCCAAGAAAAUAAAUUAUCAACACAAGUCGAUGAGAGGAUCAGACAUUUCAGAGAAUCCCAACGCAGACAGAUAUCUGUGGAUACUCAAGAUGGUUACGAGGAAUUAAAGACUGAUGAAAGUAUUCGUCCUAAGGUAGAUACUCAACUAGAGACCUCUAUUAUUGAGGUAGUGUAUAAACCAAAGAUGAAUAUCACCCAUCAAUUUGAGGAGAAGGUCACAGCCACUCCAAAAACAAAAAUGAGAAUCAACGAAAGUCUCGAGUCAAGGAUUACUAAGAAGGUAGUCAGCUACUGUAAAGCUCACUACUCAGGUGUAAAGUGCAAGAAAUUGUUAGCUAAAAUUACACACCAGUUUUGAGCAAAUUCUCAGUACAAUACCUGAAUCAGAUAUUGGGAGAUGUUUUGAAUAAUCUAUCAUCUUCUUACAAGUAAAGUUAUUGUCUCUUCAGACCAUUCUACUAUCCUCAUGGAGAUAUUGAAGUUAAUGAGCUUCAAGCCAAACAGGACCUCUGAUUAUCUUGACCCAAGUAAGGAAUUGUUUAAUGAAGUAAAAACUCAUUGAUUGCAUUCAAUGCUCACUAUUCUAAAUGGAUCUGCAAAUGAAACCAAUUGAAAGAAGAUUUCUAAAAUAGACCCAAUGUUCUCAAGUAAUAUCUUAAAAGCCUUCGUAUUGCCUCAUAAUAAUGGCAAGAUCGUGGCAUCAGUCUUAAAAAGAAGAGGAUGGUGGAAAAUCUACAAAAACCAGCAUGAUUAUAAUUUCAUAUGGACUCCUUUAUUACGCAAAGAUCUGGCUGAGCAGCUGCCAAGCUCAGAUCCUAAACCUGGCGUUGUUCAGACUCAAUCACUAAUCUACAACAGAGUCGAUGGAAAUUACAAUUUGUCAAAUAAAAAGAACCUCUUUCUCAACAUGAAAGAGUACUACAACAAUAUGGGAGAAAACAUGAACGAAAACAUCCCACUCACCUUCCUUGUACAAGAAGACACUAAAGAAGAAGCUAUGACUGACUUCAAAGAGCACUACAUCUCUAAUAAAGCUAAUAAAAGGAAUAAUAAGUGGAUUCUGAAGCCUGGAGAAUAUACCAACAGAGGCACUGGCAUUAAGAUUUCAGAUAAGCUCAGCACAAUUGAAAAAUACGUUCAAAAUUCUAAGAGGGAUUGCUGAGUCAUCCAGAAAUAUAUCAAUAAUCCUUUACUGAUCAAUAAUGGAAGUAGUGGCAAUAGAAAGUUUGACAUCAGAUGCUUUGGACUUUAUACUUGAUUCAAUAAUCAGCCCAAAGGCUACUUCUUCCAAGAUGGGUACCUCCGAACUGCUAGUAAAGAAUUCAGUCAUAGCAAUGUUGCUGAUAAAUUUAUUCAUUUGACCAAUGAUGCUAUUCAAAAAUAAAUGAGAGGAGUAUGGAAAAUAUGAGAGUAGUAAUAAGCUUAGUUUCAAUGAUUUCCAAAAAUACUUAGAGAAGAAGUAUCCAAAAGAGUUCCAGUCAAAUAAAGCUUGCUUCUACACCUCUAUUUAUCCAAAGAUCAAAACUCUAGUCUCUGAUUCCUUUAAAGCAGUUGAGGAGAAACUUAAUCCAAGUCAACAUAACAACUGUUUUGAAUUGUUUGGGUAUGAUUUUAUGGUCACAAAUGAUUUCAAUAUAAAACUAAUAGAGGUCAAUACAAAUCCUUGCCUUGAGACACCUUGAUCAUUACUAUCAAGCAUCAUUUCCUCUGUGGUUGACAAUACAUUCAGAGUAACUCUUGACCCCUGGACUUACAAGCAUAAUGGGAAGACGCAGGAAUUGUGAGAUUCAGCCAACAAUUUAUGCAAAUUUGAGCUUGUCUAUCAACGAUAGGGCUGAAAAAUAUU